AUGUACAAGGUAUCAUUCAACCGAAGGAAUGAUUCUGGAAAGCUGAACGUAUUCGAGGCUGAGCGGUAUUUCUCCGGGGGCACCAAUGAACGUCAUAGUACAACUUUUGCACAUAAGAUUAUCGGAGAAGACAGGCAGUCUGUACUGAAGACUGCACGAAGAAUGAGCCUAGACGUGCCUCCAACCACGAUGAUGAUACAUUCAUUUCCUUUGCAAAUGGAAAAGCAAAUGAAAGAGAAAAAACAUAAACAGCCAAGUUCUCCCGGUGGCAAACUUGCUCAUUUUUUGAAUUCUCUCUUCAAUCAAACAUCUUCAAAGAAAAAGAAAUCUAAAUCUUCAACACAAUCUGUGAAGGAAAGUGAAGAAGAAAGCCCUGGUUACAGAAAGAAAAGAAGAAGCAGCAUUAGUUUUUUUCACACAAUUACUAAUACUGCUGAUUCUAAGUCUAUUGAUUCAUCUUCAAGUUCUGGUUUUCGUACACCUCCCCCAGCUCCUUAUGCGUGUCAUCCCACAAAAAGAAACACAGGUUAUGCAUUUUCUCAUGACAAAAUCAGAUUCAACAAUGGAACAUUGGAGAAGAACAAGAAUUCAAAUCUGGGAUAUUCAAAUAGGAGUAGAAAAAACUGGCCUAAUCAUCAGUUUUCGUUGGGAGAGGAAGAAUUUAGAAAGAUCAAUGAUUUUGAUGAUGGUGGAGAUAGUGAUUCAAGCUCUGACCUGUUUGAUUUACCAAAUCAUGAUUUAGAUUACUACUCAAGUGGGCUACCUGUUUAUGAAUCAACCAAUAUGAACAGCAUCAAGAGAGGUGCAGCAAUUUCUAGCAGUGCAGUAUAA